AUGCGGAAGAAAAAACGGGAAUUAAUAAAAAAUCUACGUAUAGCCAAAGCUCUAGGCGACAAUCACCUUAGUCAUCAACUAGCUAGGGCGUUAAGGUCAAUCCUUAAAUUAAUCCAAGGAAUAUCGGCGCAAACUGCAGAAUAUCGCGAUAAUUUUGACCGGGCAAAACAAGAAGUAGAUUUCGAUAAAAACCCUUUUGAGUAUUCGAAAACCAUUUUUAAGAAAGAACGCGGACAGCUUCUCUUGACCAACGAUCAAAUUUACGACCAUUUUAAGAGCACAUACGAAGUGCCUAAAAGUUUAAGACGGUAUAGGGAUCCAAACGAUCAAAAACCUGAAUUUCCUCGAAUCGAAUUCCACGGCAUUCCACCAACGCUAGAGGAACUAAGUAGUCAGAUCAAGAGGAAGUCGUCUAAAUCUGCACCGGGACCCGAUGGUAUCCCAUAUAUAGUCUUUAAAAAAUGUGCAUCGGUUCGUAAACACCUCCUAAAUAUAUACGGUAAAAUCUGGUCAAGGAAGCAAAUCCCGGAGUGCUUCGGGAAAGCAAUUUUUGUCCUCAUUCCCAAAAAAGAUCGAGUUACUGAUCCGAAAGAUACUAGACCGAUAGCUUUAACAAAUACUAUAUCGAAAAUCUUUUUCUCGGUUCUACAAACGAGAAUGACGCGAUUCAUGCUCAGCAACAACUAUUUUAGGCCAAAUCACCAGAAAGGGUUUUUACCCGGGAUUUCUGGAUGCUUAGAACACAACACCUUGCUGUCGGAGAGUUUAAAAGAUGCUAGAAAAAGCGAGCGGCAAAUCACUGUUUGUUGGAUAGACUUGGAGAACGCGUUCGGGUCGAUACAACACGAAUUGAUGCUAUUCGCGCUUAGAUGGUACAACUUUCCACCCCUAGUUAGAGAUAUGAUCGCGUCGUAUUACUCAAAAUUAAGGUUUUCUAUAAUAACUAAAGAAGGCCCUUCAAAAAGUUUUUAG